AUGGGGAAACGGGAAGUUGAGGAAGAUCUAAGUUUGAAUGAUAAUGAGUCUAUUAUCUCGAAUUUGGAUACUAUGGAAAAUCCAGAUAGUGACUUUAUUGGUCUGAGCUUAACAAACAAAACAAGCAAAAUACCAAACAUUAGAAAUAUACAUAGAGAUGAACUGGUAACAGGAACUUUGUUAUUCUGCAUAAUAGAUGAAGUUUAUGAUAAGGAACUAAAAUUAUCACUUCCAGGUGGCCAUUUCGGUUUAGCCACAAUAAAUAAUACAUUAGAAGAUGAAGCAAGCAACGAGAAGUUACGAAAUCUCUUGUUAGACGAACGUUUUAAAGCUGGAGAUAUUGUGAUAGCUGCCAUUAUUUGUAGUUCAAAGGGAAGGGUUGAAGUGACAAUAAGACCUUCUAUAGUUAAUGCAGGGCUGACUUUCUCUUCUAAAGCACUUGGACUAAAAGGUUAUGUUAUAUCAGCUACUAUUAUAUCAAUAGAAGAUUAUGGCUAUACAUUAGAUGUGUCUAUACCUGGAAUAAGGAUGGCAUUUAUAAAGUGUGAAACAAAUGAUUUAAAUGCUAGAUCGAUGAGCUUAGGUCAUGUUUUGCCAGUAUAUAUAGAUGAAUAUAUGGCUGAGCAACAAAUUCUGUUAUGCCAACCUUUGCAAAGUACUUGUAAUGAAAAUAGUUCUAAUAUAGCUAUACUAGGAAAUGAGACUUUGGAGAGUAAGGAAAUAAGGCCAGGAAUGAAAGUGGAGUGUAGAAUCCAAGGUGUUAUUGGUAAAAAUGGUGAGAUUCUUCCACCAAUAUCUAGAGAUAAAGAUAGAAAUACAAAGAUUACUCCUAAAAGCAAUGAUUUAUCAGAUUAUAUUAAAACACUAGGACCAGAUGGAAAUGAAAUAGGACAAAUUAGUCAGGAUGAGGAAGUGAAUGUCGCUUUAUUAGUGACAUUUAGUAUGGGGGCAUUUAUAGGAAUAAUUCCAGUAGAACAUAACUACCAUCCACUACAAAAUAUUAUGAAAAGGAAUGAAUUAAGUGAUUCUAAUAAUGAUAAGAGGAAGAAAAGAAAACUAGAUUGUCAGAAAAUGGUAAGAGGAUCUUUUAUUACAGCUAGAGUAAUAGCAAUUAUUUCAGGCAAAAAAAAACGUAUUGUACUUUCUCUAUUGCCACAUAUUAAUAGCAAUUUGUGCUUUUUUUAUAAAAAACCAAUAAUAUCAGCCGGAUCAAGGAUUAUAUCAUAUAAAAAUAUUGAUAGCUAUUCAGAAAAUCUUAAGAAAAAAAACUCAGUUAUUUGUAUGAGGAAUGUUGUCUGGGAUAAUAAUAGAAAAGAUUCAUCUAUAAAAUUAUUACUUUAUGUAUAUGAUUAUAAGAAUGAAGAAAUGCUAGAAAAAAAAGAAAAUCACAUUGAACCUUGUAAUAGGUGGCUAUUAGUACAUACUAAAACUGCAAAUAUUAAGGGAAAUGUUAGGAUUGGAUCUGAAAUACAAAGUGACUGUCGUUUCUUGAUUUUUUCAAGAAUAGAGCAUAUAGGAUUUGUAACAUUUGACUCUAAACUCGUUAAUGAACCUUAUUUAUGUUCUAGAGAUGUCACACCAGGUGACAUUGUAUAUGCUCAAGUAGUAAAUGUUAAACCUUGGGGGCUUUCUGUUAAAUUAUCUGAUUUUAUUACUGGUCGCGUAUAUAGAGAACAUUUACUUAAUACUAGAAUUUCAAGGAAACAGAAAAAUAAUGAAAUAGAUUAUAUAAAGAAACAUUAUCAAGUAGGUCGUUCUUACAAGUUUAGAAUUUUGCGUUUUGAGCAAAAUAAUACUAGUUGGAAUCCAAUGCUACUUUUAACUGCAAAAAGUAGAUUAAUUAAUGAUGAAUUACCAGCUAUUGUAGAUCCAGAAAAGGAUUUAUCUAUUGGUAAAGUAGCAGUUGGAUAUGUCAGUAGAGUAUCUCGUCCCAAUGAAGAUCCAAAUGAUAAAAGUGGUUUUAUAAUAGUCAGAUUCUUUGGUCAGAUUUUUGGUUCACUAUCUUAUAACGAAUAUAUUGAGAAAAGGAGAAAGGAGGGUAUAAACUCUAAUUUACUUGAACCUAAUGUUGGUGAUAUAUUAACUGUGAGGAUAGUCCAUAUAGAUCCGAUAACAAAGCUUAUAAAAUUGGAAAUAGCAGACUCUAUUGUUGAUAGUUCAACAACAAAUAUUUUACCUAUUUUUAAAGUUAUUUUUUCAGAUGUGAACUAUUUUGACCAAUCUAAGAUAUACCAAUUAUUAGGAACUAAUAAUUAUAUCAUUUAUCCAAACAUAGAUCAAUUAUCAAGUGUAGCUUUGAAAUUAUCAAAUUUUAUCUGUCCUACAAAACAAGGACUAUUAUUUUUGAUUUCUUGCAGUGUAGAUGAGACUACAAAAUAUAUUUUAUGCCUUGUACCUAGGAAUCAUAUUUCUGACGAUGUUAAUUAUUCAUCUGUAAUUCAUGAUCUUUUAAUGGAAAGAUAUAAGCAAUCAAAAUCAUUGGACGAUAUUCAGGGAAUUUUAAAUGAAUCUGAAAUAUACUUUACAUAUCUAAGCAAUCCUAUUCACCACAAUUUGGAGGUAUAUUGUAGAAUAAGUAAGCAAUAUAAAGAUAUAUCCUUAAAUCUCCCUAUAUGUAGCUUAAAACAAUCAUUAUUGAGGAGUAAAGUAUUUAUUAAGUAUGAAUCAGAUCUAAAUAACAUUACUAUUGAUGAUACUUAUUUAGGAUAUAUCCGUCAUAUUGACAAUUAUGGAUUAUUAGUUAGUUUAGGAAGGUGGAAUAUGACUGGAAUAGUUCCUAAACACCUAAUAGGUAAAGUUACAUACUUUGAUGGAGUUAGUAUGUUAAAAGAUCGUUUUACACUCGAUCAAACUGUAUCUGUGAAAGUAUUAAAGAAUGAACUUAUUCCUACUCGUUCACUAAUCUUAAGUAUCAAAGAUGGCAAUUUCAAAGUGGCUAAUAAUGAUAUAGAGGAAAGAUUUGUUAAUAUAAUUCGGAAUAAUAUUUUGUAUGAAAAAAUUAUUUCUAAAUUAUGUAUGUAUCAUAAUUCAUAUUUAAUGAGAGGUUCAAUUGUUUCAUUUGAAAUUGAUUAUGUGGAAACUUCUAGUAAGAAUACAGCUUUAAUUUUAACUAAAGAUAAUUUAAAAUUCAAUGCAAUGAUUUUAGAUGAUACAAAAAUAAAUAAAAAUGAAAUAAUAAGUGGAAUAGUAUUUAAUAUUUAUUUUAAAGAAAACCAAAUAGUAAAUAGCCUACUCAUUUCAAGUGAUAUAAUUAAUAGUUUCAAUUUAGGAAUGAAACUCAUUGAUGAACAAACUAGGAAGUUAAUAAAAAAUAUUGGACUCCAAGAUACAAACUGGUUUGAAUUGUUACUUGAAAGAAUAAUUCCUAAAUUAAUAGAUAACCAGGAAUAUGUAGAAGUUGAAAAUACUCAUUUGUUGAUAGAUAAUGGAGUAUUUUGUCUCCAGUGUGUGAACUUACAGCUAAACAAAAUUAAGGAAUAUAAAAACAUUGAUACAAAAAUAUCUUUACCAAUAUUACUUUAUGGUAAUAAGAUAUCUAAUAGUGAUUCUAAAUUAUAUAAAUGUUUAAUUAAGUAUUCAAUCCCUACAAAUACUUUAGAUAAAAACAAGAAACAUAUACCAAUAAUGGUAGGAAUAAUCAAAGAGGUCAUGAAAGAAAGUAGCAUUAGAAAAUUUGAAGAAGGUAAUAACGUAUUAUGUAAAGUUGUUGGAGUAUUACAAGGUUAUGAAGGAUUAAUUGUAAAGUUUGAUGAAAAGAAUUAUGGGAGAAUACACUGUACAGAAUUAGAUGAUAUAUGGAUUAAUGAUCCAAUAUCUGAAGAUAGAUAUAAAGUAGGGAAAAAGUUAACCGUCAAAGUGUUAGGAAAACUUAGCAAGAAUAAAAGAGUUUUAAUUAGUCAUACUGGAAGUAAAAAGUAUGUCCAACUUAUCUGGGAUGCAUCUAAUCGAUCGUCUAUAAUAAAAAAUAUAGAGACGAGUAGUACUAGUCGUCCUAAAUCAAUUAAUGAUAUAAAAUUAGGAUCUCUAAUUAAUGGAUAUAUCAAAUACAGUGGUAAACAAGGUGUUUUUGUACAUAUAGGACGUAAUUUAAUUGGACGUAUUAAGCUUAGGGAGUUAUCUAAUAAAACAACUACUGAAGAAGAAGCAAGGGAAUUAUUCCCAAUAGGUAAACUAUUAAAUCCAAUACUAGUUAUAGGUGGCCUUGAAGAAAAUAAAAUUGACCUGAGUCUAUCCAGACUACAAAGUGAUAAUGUAAUAUUAAAGAUAUCUCAACAGAAAGAUUAUUCAGAAUUAGAUGAUUUAAAUUCACAUGGUAAUGGAGAAGAGCAACUUAGUAAUUAUGAAACCAAUCUACUUGGUAAAUUAAGAUUUGAGGAUUUGUAUAUUGGGAGAAUAUUAGCUGGGAAAAUUAAACAUGUUUCUACUAAGUUUGGGAUUUUUGUUACUUUAAAGGAUACAAUUGAUGGAAUAAAUGCUCUAUGCCCACUUAAUGAGAGUAUGAAUGAUUAUUCAAAUAAGAUUACUCAAUUUCUUCCAUCAAUAUACAAAGUUGGAGAUGAUGUUCUUUGCAAAAUAAUUAAAGUAGAUAGUAAUAGUAACAGAAUAUGGGUUAGUUUGAAAGAGAAAAAUUUCGAAGAAUUACUAGAAGAUUCUGAAAGUAAAAGUACAGAUAAUGAAGACAAUCAACUUAUGUGUGCUAAUGAUACAACACAAAAUCUAUCUAAUUCUGAGAUUAUUAGUGAGGAAUACUUAGCUGAUAAUGAAUUAUUACAUGAACAUAUUAUAAUACAAGAUGGUAUACAAAAUAAUAUGCAAGAUUCUAUAGAAUCUAAUGUCCAUGAAUACUCUGAAGAUGAAAUACUUAAAGAAACUGAACUUCAUGAAAAGCCCAAAAAUAGACAACAGAAACUGGCAAAACAGUUAGCAGCUGAACAUGAAAUUAGAAGUGAGGAAUUGAAACUUAUUGAGUCAAGUAUGAAUCCACAAUCUAUUAAUGACUUUGAAAGACUAUUAAUAUCCCACAAAGACGUUUCAUCCUUAUGGAUCAAAUAUAUGUCAUACUUCCUUGAAUUAGAUGAAUUAGAAAAAGCACGAAUUGUAGCAGAAAGAGCUUUAAGAAAUGUUUCAUAUAGUGAAGAUAUAGAGAGAUGGAAUAUUUGGAUUGCAUAUUUGAAUAUGGAAAUUGCUUUUGGAAAGUUCAACAUUAAUAAUUCAUCAGAAAAAGAGUUACCUAAAAAUUUCGAGUCACUAUUUGAAAGAGCAUAUAGGAAUGUGGGCAAUCCAAAGAAGUUGUAUAUACAAUGCUCCCAAUCGUUAUCAAGAUUUAAUUACAACGUUUGGUCUCUCUUAAUUUUGGAAAAAGCCCUGAAGAAAUUUUCAAAAAGUCGUAAAGUUUGGUUAGAGUAUAUAAAGUGUCUAUUUAAGAAUAACAAAGUACAACAGGCAAGAGAUGAAAUUAUUCCAAAAGCACUUCAAAGUAUUGGUAGAAUUAAAUUAAUCAGAUUAAUCACUGAUAUUGCUCGUGUCGAGUUAGAAUCUGGUAAUUUCAACAGAGCACGAACAAUAUUUGAGAAUUUAAUAAGUGAAAACCCUAAACGUAUAGAUCUUUGGUCUCAAUACUUUGAUGCAGUCAUAAAAUAUUUCAACUCAUCUAAUUCUGAAGUCGACAUUAAUAUUAUUAGAUCUAUAUUCAAAUCAGCUAUUAGAAAUGACUUAAAACCAAGAAAAAUGAAAUUCCUUUUUUCUAGAUGGCUUGCUUUUGAAAAAGAAUAUGGUUCUCUAGAAGAUCAAAAAAUUGUACAAAAAUAUGCUGCUGAAUAUGUUCAAAAAAUAGAAUCAAAAAUAUAA